AUGCAUCCCUUCCCCCGAGCCUCCCGCUGGCUGUCUUCGCCCCGAAUCCUCAAUCCGCGCAUUACUAAGGCGCUGCCCUCCAUCGCCGUGCGGUGGAAUUCUUCCUUCUCCGCCGACCAGUUCGCCCAGCUCGCCAGUCGUCAAUCCUCCAAGCACCAAAUCUACCAGUCCCUCUCCACCGACCCCUACGUGAACCUCUCCAUCGAACACUUCCUUCUAGAACAUGCCCCGGCCGACUCGAGUAUCCUCUUCCUAUAUAUCAACAGACCAUGCGUUGUGAUUGGGCGGAAUCAGAACCCGUGGCUCGAGACCAAUCUCCGGGUGCUACACAAUGAUCGCGGCGCCGCGGACAACAACACCGAAGAUGCGCUCUACGUCCGGCGACGCUCUGGCGGUGGUGCCGUCUUUCACGAUGAAGGCAACCUCAACUACAGCGUCAUCUCCCCCCGAACUACCUUUACGCGAAAUAAGCAUGCGGAGAUGGUCGUGCGUGCAUUGCACCGCGUCGGAGCCACCAACACCAGCGUCAAUGACCGCCACGAUAUUGUCAUGUCCCUCGACGGCGCGUCUGCCGGUGAACAGAGCCCUCAACCACGAAAAGUUUCCGGCUCUGCUUUCAAGCUAACGAGAUACCGCGCGCUUCACCACGGCACUUGUCUGCUCGAUUCGCCCAACAUCAACAUCAUCGGUUCGUUUCUACGGUCGCCAGCACGGGACUAUAUCAAGGCCAAGGGGGUUGAGAGCGUGCGGUCUCCCGUGGCGAAUGUGUCGUCCGUGUUCGUCGACGCAUCCAUCCCGUUUGGGAUCCAGGAUGUGAUCGCUAGUAUAAUGGGAGAGUUUGCUGGGCUGUACCAGGUUGGCCCAGAUGCUGUGCGUCGCGCGCAACGUGCCUACGUUCAUGACCCAGAGCUAUAUGCGGGAGACGACUGGGUGGUUGGAGCCGUGGGAGAAGCUCAAGGCUACGAAGAACCGGAGAUUAAGAAAGGGAUUGAUGAAUUACGGUCGUUGGAAUGGAAAUACACUCAGACGCCCCAAUUCCUCUUCUCAACAUACCCGGUCGAGGAGGAUAGUCGUGAACGACCGGCCCUUCCACCGUCUUUGCCACCCUCGACACGCGUUUUCCUACGCCUCAAACACGGAGCGAUUAUCGAGAGUCACAUCUCAAUGUCGCCCGACUCCUCCAUAGCCUCGGAGCAGGCAGUCCGCGUGCAUGAGGCGCUAAAGGGACGUAGACUUCAUGAGAUCCAGCCGACCCAGUGGCAGGAAGUCUUAUACGAACAGUUGGGGGCGGAGGAAGAAGCAAGCAGCGUUGAAGAACUUGCCCGGUUCAUUGCGACCAAGCUUGGUUGGGUAUAG